CGGCGACAGCACAGGAUAUGGUGCGACUCAGGAGGGAUAUAUUCUCAAAUUAUAGUCGUGGAAUUGUGCCUGUUCAUAACCAAAGCGAAUCAGCCCAAGUUCAUAUGGACUUUUUUCUCAUUAUGAUCCACGAAUUGGAUAUGAAAAAUCAAGUGCUUACAGCAAGUGGAUGGUUAAAAAUAGAAUGGCUAGACCAGUUCCUUACCUGGAACGAGACUGACUAUGGUGGCAUUGAUGAAGUCAUCGUGUUCCAGAGAGAAGUCUGGCUUCCAGAUUUAUUUGUAGAGAACACAGCACAGAAUUACCGUGAACUUGGGAACGAUGCCAUGCUGAUAAGCGUCCACCGUGAUGGCCUCAUAGUCUGGGAGCCCGGAAUCGUUGUUGAAACAAGCUGUGCGGUUAAUAUAGGAAAAUACCCAUUCGACUCUCAAAUUUGUGAUAUUCGAUUCUUGACUUGGAUGCAUACAAACAGAACACUACGGGUAGACCCAGGUCACGAUGAAAUUCACCUUGAAGCUACCCUGCCAAAUGGCGAAUGGGAUAUCACUAAUACAAGAGCAGAACGCUAUGCAUACCCAUCGACGUACCGUAAUGGUACAGAACAUACUGGCGUUACAUUCCAAGUGCACCUCCGUAGGAAGAGGACCUUCUAUAUAUUGAAUACGAUUAUCCCAGUGGUAAUGUUGUCCCUGCUGAAUGUACUGGUAUUCAUUUUACCUGCUGAUUGCGGAGAACGUAUGGCGUUGGCCGUCACCGUGCUGCUGUCGUUUACCGUCUACCUGGGGAUAAUAAGUGACGUUAUGCCAAAGACAUCGGAAAGUUUGUCACUUCUGGCUGUAUAUUUGACUUCACUCCUCUCAAUGAGUACAUUGUCAGUGUUAUGUGCGGGGGUAGUGCUGAACAUUCAUCAUAAGGAUCCCAAGACGCCGAUCCCGGCAUCAGUAAAGUAUAUCCUUGGUGGACAGCAUCGACGGUCAGUCAUCCGAGAUAAGAUGAUAGAAGCAGAUGCACAGCUUAAUGAAGGGAUUAUCAUACACACCCACAGGCGUUACACAGAGGAUAUGAACGACUGCAAGUGCAAAGAAAACGGUGAAAGUGAACCCAACAAUAGUGAAAAAGUUCUUCCACACGAAUGUCAAAGACUCGUCAAAGAAGUUGAGGAGAUGAAGUCACACGAGAUAUCAUGGCACGACAUUGGGAAGUCCUUGGACGGAGCAUUAUUCUGGCUGUUCUUUAUCGUUACAAACACAAUAACAUGUAUAAUAUUAACGCUGUUUGUUAGCUAG